AGCAAAAGCAAAAGCAGAAAUGUCAACAUCAACAUUUCAGAGUUUGAGCCGAAAUCAUGGCAAGAAUCAUAUACAGAAGUCGCCACAUGAUGACCCGCGGCUUUAAACCAAUCCAAUACUAUUAUUGCUUUGGAGGCCCAUCCAGCCCCAACUCUGCCAGCAUCCCACCAUAUCGACCUGACCGAUAUAAGCGCAAUGCAGAAGAUGAAGCGCGAAUCAAGGAUUUGUAUUCACACGGCUCACAGAACUGGAGUCAGGAGGAUGUCCAGGCCUUCGAGGAUAUUGUCGGCAGAGACGACGCGAGGCAAGAUGAGGCUAGAGAGCCAUUGAGACUUAUGAUAAAUUGCUACUUUGAACUCCUCAACCUUGUACCCUUACCUCCUCCUCUCCCAGCUUGUAGCUAUUGGUUAGCCCACACUCGGGCCGAGAACUGCAAAAGGGAAAAGGUGAGGCCUUUUAUGGUUGCAUGUGAUAAAGGAUUGCUUGAUCACGUCAAGGCUUGGACGCAAGAUGGGGAACGGUUAGAAGCACUUCAGCAGAUGGGACUCCAAGACGGCUUGGUCUUUGCAGCGAGAGCGAAUCAGAUUGAGGUGAUCCGGUACCUGCUCGACGAAAGAUGGACUUCUCUGAACGGUGAAGUGGUGAGGGAGGCUUGCGCUAACCUUUCCCUACCCCUCUUCGAGCUAUACGUUCAGCAUGGCUAUCAUCCCAAUCAACAAAUUCCUAGCCGCGAUGGAUAUUUUGGAGUUGCCAUACAUCGCUGCGUUCAGGACGUGGACAUCACUUGCUUUCUCCUCGAGCACGGCGCAGACCCAGACCUCGCCCCCUUCCAAACUGGGAGAACGCGGGGAUGGGGCGAGAAGGCUACGCCUCCAAUGGAUCGCACCUCUGGACUAGCGCUAGACCUUGCCGUCGAGAAGAGUCCAAUGGCUGUAGUGGAGAUGCUUCUCGAACACGGCGCUCAUCCGGAAUACUCACGCCCACUACAUGGUGCUAUCAAGAGACUACAUUGUUAUCCGAUCCCAGGAGCGCAGAUAGACUGGAGGCCUUUGAUGGAGAUGGCCUUGAGUCACGGCGCUGACAUCAACGCUGUAACCUAUUCAGGUGGCACAGCACUGUCGAGAGCAGUUCACCACCAAAACUGGGAGAUUGUUGAGUUUCUUGUUGAGCAGGGGGCAGAUCCGUUUGUGAAAGGGCCUGCUUCUAAGGAAGAUUCAUUCGACUCGGCGCUGAAAUUUGAGGAUCAGCCUUGGCAGAGGAGCGAGGAGGUGGAGAGUUAUCUACGAGGUUUGAUGGGUGGAUCAAAAUUGGAGAUUGGAGAAGUCGCAGAGGAGGCGAGGAAGAACCCACUGGUGCGCAUUAUCGAGAAAGUGAAGAGCAGAGACGGAACUAGGGGCAAGAGAGUGCCUAAAACGGCGGUUUAUUGUCUCCGUUGAUCCUGUUCACCUAUAAAAUAUAGCCUGUCCUACGGAGAUAUAGUUAAAUGCUGGUAACAGAGCCUCAACUGGCUAGAGAGAGGUUAUUCACCUGAAUAGAAAAGCCAAUGAAACCG